AUGUCGCUCUCUUUCUACGAGUUCCAGCUCGUCUGCCUCGUCGCGCUAUGCCUCUUCUUCAUGCUAGUCGAGCGCCAGCUAUCUCCAAAACGAAAGGAGGGUGUGCGCCUGCACGACGACCUCCAUGCGCCUGCUCCGGCGCUGCACAAGCUUUCCAGACAAUAUCUGACCGUUUACGCGAUAGUAAUGGGAGCGGACUGGCUGCAGGGUCCGUACGUCUACUCUCUCUACAAGGAGCAGUACGCAUUCCCUGAGCGCUAUGUCGCCCUGCUCUUCGUGACCGGCUUCAUGACCGCUGGCCUGGCCGCGCCAAUGGUUGGCGUAUGGGCGGAUCAAUAUGGUCGACGCAAGCUCUGCAUGGCGUUCUGUGUGACCUACACGCUCUCAUGCGUCCUCAUACAGCUACCCUACUUCCCGGUAUUGAUCAUGGGUAGAUUCCUCGGAGGAUUCUCCACCUCGAUUCUGUUCUCCGUGUUUGAGUCAUGGCUCAUCUCGGCGUCCAACUCCCUUGCUCUCCCGGCCGCUGAUCUAUCCACUAUCAUGGGCCGCGCAUCACUUGUGAAUGGCUUCGUCGCUGCUGCCGCUGGAGUGGCUAGCAACCAGCUUGUUGCUUCGACGGGCUCGUUCGCUUCGCCAUUCGUUGCUAGCGGUGUCUUGCUACUGCUCGCGUGGGUCGUAAUCCGUGGCUCAUGGACGGAGAAUUACGGCAGCGGUGGCGGAGUUGCUGCGAACCCUGACAUCCUCCAACUAAGGCGUCUCGGGCAAGCACUCAAGAUCGUCCGCAACGAGCCCGCCCUGCUCGUCAUCGGCCUAACCCAGACGUGCUUCGAAGGGUCCAUGUACCUCUUCGUCUUCAAUUGGGUACCCGCGCUCCAAGAAGCCGCGCGCCCGGGGAGCAUCCUACCUUUGGGCUACAUCUUCUCCGCGUUCAUGGUCAGCAUGAUGAUCGGCUCGCUCUUCUACACCUCGCUUGUUACCCUCUUCUCGCGUGGCGACGCCGAGCACGACGACGUGGGCGACGCGCCCCUGACGCUGCACGCGAAGCUGAGCUCGCUCGUGUGUGCGGUGAGUGCGGUCGCGUUCGCGGUGAGCGUGGAGAGCAAGGAAGAGGUCGUGCGCUUCUGGGCGUUCUGCGUCUUCGAGGCGUGUGUGGGUAUGUAUUAUCCCAUCCAGGGCAUGCUUCGCGGAGCGUUGAUCUCGAACGAACACCGGGCGACGUUAUCGUCGCUGUUCCGUGUGCCGCUGAACAUCUUCGUGGUGGUCUCCCUCCUGACUGGAGUCUCUUCAGCGCGCUACACCGUCCUCACUGCCAGCUCGCUCAUGCUCGUCCUCUCUUCGCUCAUGACAGCGGCGUUCCUCGUCGAGCGCAUAGAGCUAUCGUCUGCCUCGGUAUCGCAUGCCUCGGUAUCACAUCCCGCCUAA